UAAACCAUAAUGAAUACAGAAGAAAAUGACUUAGAUCUUUACGAACUUCUUGGAGUUAAUUACAAUAGCACGAAAGAAGAAAUUGAUAAAGCAUAUCGUCGUAAAGCUAUAAAAUUUCAUCCCGAUAAAAAUCGAGAUAACGUAGAAGCAGCUACAAAAUUUUUUCAUCAAAUAUCGGCUGCUUAUAAAACUUUAACCGAUCCACAGAAAAAAUUAGAAUAUGAUAAAAUUCAUAAAGCAAAGAUUGAGAGUAAGAAGAGAUUUGAAAAGCUGGAUGCUAAACGAAAGGCUUUGAAAGAAGAACUUGAAGAAAGAGAGAAAGCCGUAAAACAAUCAAAAAAGACACCGGUUUAUACACAAGAAUCUUGCGAGGCAAAGAUUGAACGGAUCAAGGAGGAAACAGCCCGAAGAAGACGAGAAAGAGAAGAAAAAUUGCGACUAUCAGCUGAUCAAAGAUCAAAAGCAUCAACAACAUAUAGAACCAAUUUGACACCACCAUCAUCAUCAAAAAAUUCCAUUAAAGUUCCAGGACCUUCUACAAGGAAGUGAUUUUGAAUCAAUUGUUUUGAAUAAAAUGAUUGAACAAGGAAAAUUAGAAAAAGAAAAACAACAAAGUUAACAGUUUAGAGGGAGCUAUUAGAUAGUAGUAAUCAGUAAUAAUUUAUUGGUAAUGUCAUUAAUAAUUUAAGAUUAUAUUUUAAAUAUAUUAAUUUUCUUUGAAAUUUUUAGAAUUUAGAUGUUUGAAUUUUUCUAAUAGUUUAUAAAACAUUCUUGUUAUAAAAUCAAUCCAUUAAAAAUAUAUUUUGGUUUAAUUUAAAAG